GUCUCUUGGGAUCUGUUUCUGAUUUUGCUUGAACUUAUUUGGGGUUUGAAUUUUGCUUCAGGACCAGGCCAUGGGGAGGCUGAGACAAGGGAGUGCAUUUACUACAAUGCCAACUGGGAGUUGGAGAAGACCAACCAGAGUGGUGUGGAGCGCUGCGAGGGGGAGAAGGACAAGCGGCUCCACUGCUAUGCUUCUUGGAGAAACAACUCGGGCUCCAUCGAGCUGGUGAAGAAAGGCUGCUGGUUAGAUGACUUCAACUGUUAUGACAGGCAGGAGUGUGUAGCCACAGAAGAAAACCCUCAAGUGUUUUUCUGCUGCUGCGAGGGCAACUAUUGCAAUGAGAAAUUUACCCAUUUGCCUGAAGUCACUGGCCCAGAAGUCAUAUACGAGCCGCCACCACCAACGCCCUCCCUGCUCAACAUCCUGGUGUACUCACUGCUCCCCAUUGCUGUCCUCUCCAUGGCCAUCCUCUUGGCCUUCUGGAUGUAUCGUCACCGCAAGCCUCCCUACGGGCACGUCGACAUUAAUGAGGACCCUGGCCCUCCACCCCCUUCUCCCCUGGUUGGCCUAAAGCCUCUGCAGCUCUUGGAGAUCAAGGCGAGGGGACGGUUUGGCUGCGUGUGGAAGGCUCAGCUGAUGAAUGACUAUGUAGCAGUGAAAAUCUUCCCUAUUCAGGAUAAGCAAUCUUGGCAGAGUGAGAGGGAGAUUUUCAAUACUCCUGGCAUGAAGCAUGAAAACCUUUUGCAGUUCAUUGCAGCAGAGAAAAGAGGGACAAACCUAGAGACAGAGCUCUGGCUGAUCACAGCUUUCCAUGAUAAGGGUUCUCUGACAGAUUACCUGAAGGGCAAUAUUAUCAGCUGGAAUGAGCUCUGCCAUGUUGCAGAAACAAUGGCCCGUGGCUUGUCCUAUCUUCAUGAAGACGUCCCUUGGUGCAAAGGUGAAGGACACAAACCUGCUAUAGCGCACAGGGACUUCAAGAGUAAAAAUGUCCGGCUGAAGAACGACUUGACGGCAGUGCUAGCCGAUUUUGGACUAGCUGUACGGUUUGAACCUGGAAAACCUCCAGGGGACACUCAUGGACAGGUGGGAACUAGGAGGUAUAUGGCUCCCGAAGUGUUAGAGGGAGCAAUCAACUUCCAACGAGACGCCUUCCUGAGAAUAGACAUGUAUGCAAUGGGACUGGUGUUGUGGGAGCUAGUCUCCAGAUGCAGAGCAGUUGAUGGUCCAGUGGAUGAAUACAUGCUGCCUUUUGAAGAAGAAAUAGGUCAGCACCCAUCCCUUGAGGACCUGCAAGAAGUGGUGGUUCACAAGAAGAUGCGCCCUGUGUUCAAGGAUCACUGGCUGAAACACCCCGGCUUGGCGCAGCUCUGUGUGACCAUCGAAGAGUGCUGGGACCACGACGCAGAGGCUCGGCUCUCAGCGGGCUGUGUCGAGGAGCGCAUUGCGCAGAUCCGCAAAUCUGUAAACGGCACUACCUCGGACUGCCUCGUCUCCAUCGUGACGUCUGUCACCAACGUGGACUUGCCACCCAAAGAGUCUAGUAUCUAAGUCCUGGUUCACUUUUGUCUUUGCAGACUCAGUGGAUUCAAAAAAAAGAAAAAAGUUUUAAGAAAAAACCCACACACAAAAAAAAAAACAAACACA